AUGGGUGGGCGUACGGAUGAGGCGCUCCAAUGCUUCACAUACAUCUCAGACAAUGUUCCAUUCUGGGUAGCUCGAGUCACUGAUCUGGCCGCACACACAAAGGCAAAACAUGCGGAAUUCUCUGCUGAAUACGCUAGGCUUACCUCCUCGAGUGAUGGGGAAGCCCCCAAGCCUCGACGGAGAAAGAACAGCUCAAUCCAUACGAUUCGGCUAGAUAACGUGCAACCUUUAGUGGACUUUGUCCCAUAUACCGAGGAAAAGGAAAAGGAAACAGAAAUUGAGAAGGACAUGCAAAAAGAGAAAGGAAAUAAGCAAAAUACCAAGGAGGACUAUAUGGAUCCAGUCACCCUAUUGAAAAUGUCUAAACACUACACGUUUGAUGGAAACCAGCGGAAACGGAAUUUCGACACCUCCAAAUCCGUAGGUACCGACCGCAUUGUCCGACCCCGCCACUUGGUCGUCGUCCACUAUGAUUCUGAAACGCAAACCUCCCUGGAAAAGCUGGUAAGGGACAUAGGCGGCGCCCGGAACAACAUUCGCAAGGGCCGCAUGAGUCAGAUGAUGAAGACCGGAUUCGGUCUGAAGUUUUACGAUCCUGCCAAGGGAAAGUCUGGAAUCAGUCGCAAAUUCCUGGACCCGUCAAUGAAAUAUUCGUCAAUGCCGAGCAAGGAGUCCGCUUUCGAUGUUGUGGAUAAGCAAUUGGAAAUGGCACAGUCGCUGUGCGAAUUGGCUGCACAUCAAUUCCUGCGAUGUGGAGAUUGUGAGAUGGAGUUGGAGAAGACGAAGAGUCAGUUCUCGACUGUGCUAACACUGACUAAGGCGGAGAUGGAGCGGUUGGAGAAGGAGACUGAGAUGGAUGAGGAAGAUUCACUUGAGGAGGAAGCUGAGGAGAGCAGGCUGGAGGAUACGAUAGUGGCAUCCACUCCGAUGAACGCGGCGAAGGAUGUAGAGAAACCAUCUCCCGGCAUCAUUGCUACCAUUGAAGUCGAUGACGGCUCGUCCAUAUCCUCCGUUUCGAUCGACAUAACUGCCUUUCGGUCGAAUCGGCGCGGAAAGUAA